AUGAUCAAAGUCAUUCCGUCCUUUGGCAUGUACUUUGCACCAGCAAACUUUGAUAUCAUGCUCCUGAACCUGCGCUCACUGAACACAGGCUGUUUUACGCUUGCCCACCAAGGAAUGCCCCGGAAGUUUGUAAACAUAAUUCGUUCUUUGUAUUCUCAAACUUCCGGACGUGUGAGAGUGUACGGAGAGCUCUCCAGAGGUUUCCGUACACAAAGCUUUGUCCGUCAGGGAUGCCCACUCUCCCCAUUCCCUUUUAAAUUCGUGAUCGAUGAAAUACUGAGACGAAUGCUGGAGGGUCUCCAAAACUCUGGUGUUCAAAUAGCUCUGAAGAACACCUUGGAAUAUGCAGACAUGAUUCUCAUAUUCAAAGAGGAGGAGAAGGCGCAAGUAUUCCUGUAUGCACUGACUAAAGUCAUCCUGUCGUUGCCUGCAUAG